AUGUGCAAGCUCCUAAUCUUCACCUCAGCAGCCUGCGCCUGCACCACCGCCGACUGCCCGCACCACACCCUCCCCGCCGGCAGCGCGGCGGCGGCCGAGCACCGCGGCCCGCACGCGCGCAUCGCGCGGUGGGAGCACUGCGUGGCGUGGCGGUCGAUGGAAUUCGAGGCGCGGCACGUGGACCGCGACAGCGUUGCCCAGGUGUGCUGGGACGCCGGGGCCGGGGCCGUGGCCGAGUUCGGCGAGAGGGCGCCGCGGUGCCCGGACGGGAGGCCCGGGAAGGAAGAGAGGAGCUCGGGGUGGAUGUGCGGGACGUCAUCUGUAGUCAACGACGCUGCGAACGUGACGCGCCCUGACCUCUACUCAGUGCAGGGCAACACGCUCGUGCCGUGUCUGAUGGCUGGCGACAAGGAACAGCCGUUUCAGACUACUAUGACCGUCGAGGGGAAAGAUGCCCAGGGCAACUACCUAAACUACCUAAACCGUUUGCGCCAACCAACCAAAUCUUAG